AUGGCAGACACGGAAACGGAGGUUUUGCGAAGCACCUUCCACUCUUACAUGGCGGAGGGCGAGCGGCUCUAUCUCUGCGGGGAGUUCGCUAAAGCCGCCCAUAGCUUCAGCAAUGCUCUUCACCUUCAGCCUGGAGAUAAGAAUUGCCUGGUUGCCCGCUCUAAGUGCUUUCUGAAGAUGGGGGAGCUGGAGAAAUCCCUGCAGGAUGCUGAAGUUUCACUCCAGGAUGACCCAAAUUUCUGCAAGGGAAUUUUACAAAAGGCUGAGACCCUGUACACCAUGGGAGACUUUGAGUUUGCCCUGGUGUUCUAUCAUCGAGGCUACAAGCUGCGGCCUGAUCGGGAAUUCAAAGUUGGAAUUCAGAAAGCUCAGGAAGCCAUCAACAACUCCGUGGGAAGUCCUUCUUCGGUGAAACUGGUGAACAAAGGGGAUCUCUCCUUCCUAAGUAAGCAAGCUGAGAGUCUCAAAGCCCAGCAGAAGCCUCAACCCCAGAGGCAGGUCAUCCCCCUUCCCAAGAAGGAAAUCAAGCGGAAGGUCUCAUUAAAGAGUGAGAAGAUUGUUCGCCAGCUCCUAGGGGAGCUCUACGUAGACAAAGAGUAUCUGGAGAAGCUUCUCUUGGAUGAAGAUCUCAUCAAAGGCACUAUCAAGCGAGGCCUGACGGUGGAGGAACUCAUCCUGACAGGCAUCAACUACCUGGAUACCCGCAGUAACUUCUGGAGGCAGCAGAAGCCCAUCUAUGCCCGGGAACGGGACCGCAGGCUGAUGCAAGAGAAGUGGCUGCGGGAUCGCAAACGCCGCCCCUCACAGACGGCUCACUACAUCCUCAAGAGCCUGGAGGACAUCGACCUAUUGCUGACCAGUGGCAGUGCUGAGGCGAGCCUUCAGAAAGCCGAGAAAGUGCUGAAGAAGGUUCUGGAAUGGAACAAGGAGGAGGUGCCCAACAAGGAUGAGCUCAUUGGAAGCCUGUAUAGCUGCAUGGGCAAUGCCCAGAUCGAGCUGGGGCAGAUGGCAGCCGCCCUGCAGAGCCACAGAAAGGACCUGGAGAUCGCAAAGGAAUAUGACCUUCUUGAUGCCAAGUCAAGAGCCCUUGACAACAUUGGCAGAGUGUUUGCCCGAGUUGGGAAAUUUCAGCAGGCCAUUGACACGUGGGAGGAGAAGAUCCCUCUGGCCAAGUCCACCCUGGAGAAGACGUGGCUGUUCCACGAGAUCGGCCGCUGCUACUUAGAGCUGGACCAACCCUGGAAGGCACAGAACUAUGGCGAGAAGUCCCAGCAGUGUGCCGAGGAAGAAGGAGACAUCGAGUGGCAGCUGAAUGCCAGUGUGCUGGUGGCACAGGCCCAAAUGAAGCUGAAAGACUUUGAGUCAGCCGUGAACAACUUCGAGAAGGCCCUGGAGAGAGCAAAGCUGGCACACAACAACGAGGCACAGCAGGCCAUCAUCAGUGCCUUGGAUGAUGCCAACAAGGGCAUCCUUGAAGUGCUAAAGCAAAACUCCUACCGGGAAAGUUUCCUGGAGAGAAAGGAAAAGGAAAAUGUUAAAAACUUGAAGAACCAGCCUGAAAAGGUGAUGAACCACUGGGAGAGAGAGCCUUUGGGUGAGAGGGACACAGUAGAGGACUCCUCCAGGGAAGGCUUGAACAGCAGGAUGAAUGGACCAGGGGACAGCAGCGAGAAAGAUGACUCGGAAAACUUCAGCUCUUCCAACACACUGGAACGAAAACAUUCCAGACCCUUGGUUAGGAGAGCGUCAGAACAAGACCUGAGAGGACUGGAAUCAGGCAAGAAACUGAUAAAUCUGGGCAAAGUAGAGUCGAGGGAGAUUUACAGGAGGCCUUCCAACCUGGACCACAACCUUUCAGAAUCAAGCCUCCAGGACUCGGAGGAACUCGAGGGGAAGGAUUCAGAAAUCUUCCAGGGAGAGUCGGAGCAGCUGAGGAACACAGAUUCUAGAGAACAAGAGUCACAGGAACUACCAAAGUAG